GUUUGUCAUAUGAGGAAGUAAACAACAUUGAGAGAAAAACACAGUGAGUAUCGCUCUUUCGGAGUCAUUUUCAUUCAUGGUCAAAAUCAGUCCAGACUGGUUUAAGAUCAUUACUGGGGAUUAAACGUGUUGAGACAGAGGUGGAUUUGAGAAAAUUAACUGCUGAGAUGAUUCAUAACUCACUCUCUAGAUCAGCAUCUGCCUCUGUUUUGUGAUGAAACGAUAGCCUUCAGAAUGGAUGUCUUUGAAGAACAUGAAACAAAUAUAUACACAGUGAAGAGUUUGUGGCAGAAUGAAUCUCCUGAACCCAGCUGGGUGUCCAUGAAGAGUGACCGGUCAAUGGAUCGUCCAAUUAAAUUCUGUUUGGGAGACACAUCUGCUGAUCUAAGUCUGAAACCUGAAGGACCAGAAUCACCUAUAGCAAAGAAUAACUUGGACUCCAUUUUCAAGGAGCUUGAGCAGAAAAUCAUUUCUGUAAUGAAGAGUGAGCUGAAAAGUUUCAGAAGACUGUUGAGUCCAGAUUACCUGGAAUGCUCUGAAAGAGACCAAGAUAAUGAUGAGGGUCAUAGCAGAGUAAAAGAGUGGCUUCUAAAGAUCACACUGCACUUCCUGAGGAAGAUUAACCAGACAGACCUCGCUAACAGACUACAGACCAAACUGAUGCCUGUGUCUCUACAAACACUCAAAUCCAGACUACAGGACAAAUAUCAGAGAAUCAAUGAAGGAAUGUCCAACCUUGGAGACUCAGCACGUCUGAAUGAGAUCUACACAGAGCUCUACAUCACAGAGGGAGGGAGUGGAGAGGUCAAUAAUGAACAUGAGGUGAGACAGAUUGAGAGAGUGUCCAGGAGAUCAGAGACACAGGAAACACCAGUUAACUGCAAUGACAUAUUUAAACCCUCACUUGGACAAGACAAACCCGUCAGAACUGUGCUGACUAAAGGAGUCGCUGGAAUUGGAAAAACUGUCUCUGUCCAGAAGUUCAUUCUGGAUUGGGCUGAAGGAAAAGCAAAUCAGGAUGUUCAUUUCAUAUUUCCACUUCCUUUCAGGCAGCUGAAUUUGAUACAGAAAAAUCUUAGUUUUAUGGAUCUUCUAAACCACCUUCACACAGAAACCAAAGAAAUUAAAUCUACAGAUUAUGAUGACUACAAAGUCAUGCUUAUAUUUGAUGGUCUGGAUGAGUGUCGACUUCCUCUGGAUUUCCACAACAAUCUGAGUUUGACUGAUGUUUCAGAAUCAGCCUCAGUGGAUGUGCUGCUGACUAACCUCAUCAAGGGAAAUCUACUUCCUUCUGCUCUCCUCUGGAUCACCUCUCGACCAGCAGCAGCCAAUCAGAUCCCUCCUGAGUGUGUUGACCAGGUCAUGGAGGUACGAGGAUUCAAUGACCCUCAGAAGGAUGAAUAUUUCAGGAAGAGAAUAAAUGAUCAGAGACUGGCUGAUAGAAUCGUCACACACAUCCGAUCAUCAAGAAGUCUGUACAUCAUGUGUCACAUCCCAGUCUUCUGCUGGAUUUCAGCCACUGUUCUAGAGAGGAUGAUGGGUAAAGCAGAGAGAUCAGAGAUUCCCAAGACUCUCACACAAAUGUUCACACACUUCUUGAUCUUUCAGACUAAACUGAAGACACAAAAGUAUGAGGGUAAAUAUGAAAUCAAUCCUUAUCUGGCUGGAAAGACUAUUCUGUCUCUAGGAAAACUGGCUUUUGAACAGCUGGAAAAAGGGAACCUGAUCUUCUAUGAGGAGGACCUGAAAAAGUGCGGCAUUGAUGUCAGAGAAGUAUCAGUUUACUCAGGAGUUUGUACCCAGAUCUUCAGAGAGGGGUUUGGACUGCAGCUGGGGAAGGUGUACAGCUUUGUUCAUCUGAGUGUUCAGGAAUUUCUUGCUGCUUUAUUCAAGCUGCUGUCCUUUUCUGAACAAAACACAGGACUGGAGAACGUGUCUAUGUCACCAAUGACCAGUUUACUGAAAGGAGAAGUGGACAAGGCCUUACAGAGUGAGAACGGACACUGGGACCUUUUCCUCCGAUUCCUUCUAGGUCUCUCACUAGAGUCUAAUCAGACUCUGUUACAAGGCCUCCUGAGCAAGACAAUAAGCAGCUCUCAGCGCAAUCAGGAAACAGCUGACUACAUUAAACAGAAGAUCAGGGAGAAUCCCUCUCCAGAGAAAUCCAUCAACCUGUUCUAUUGUCUGAAUGAGCUAAAUGAUCGUUCACUGGAGCAGGAAGUCCAAACAUACCUGAGCAGAACAGGUGCCCGUUGCCUCUCUGGAGUCAAACUGUCUCCAGCUCAGUGGUCGGCUCUGGUGUUUAUGAUGUUGAACUCAGAAGAACAGCUGGAUGAGUUUAAACUGAGUAAAUAUGAUCCAUCAGAAGAAUGUCUUCUGAGGCUGCUGCCAGUGAUCAAAGCAUCCAGAAAAGCUGAUCUUUCCAACUGUCAUAUUACACAGAAAGGCUGUGCUGCACUGUUUUCAGCAUUGAAAUCAAACCCCUCACACCUAAGAGAUCUGGAUCUGAACAAUAAUAAUCCAGGAGACCCAGGAGUGAAGCUGCUCUCUACUCUACUGGAGGAUCCACAUUGUAAACUGGAAAAACUACAGCUCUGGGGCUGUAGUGUUGGAGAGGAAGGCUGUACUGCACUGAUUUCAGCUCUGAGAUCAAACCCCUCACACCUGAGAGAACUGAAUCUGAACUUUAAUAAACCAGGAGACUCAGGAGUGAAGCUGCUUUCUGCUCUACUGGAGGAUCCACAAUAUAAACUGGAGAAAUUACAGCUGAGUUCCUGCAGUUUUAGAGAGGAAGGCUGUGCUGUUCUGAUUUCAGCCCUGAGAUCAAACCCCUCACACCUCAGAGAACUGAAUCUAAACAAUAAUAAACCAGGAGACUCAGGAGUGAAGCAGCUUUCUUCUCUACUGGAGGAUCCACACUGCAAACUGGAGAAACUACAAUUAUGGGACUGUGGUAUUGGAGAGGAAGGCUGUGCUGCACUGUUUUCAGCUCUGAGAUCAAACCCCUCACACCUGAGAGAACUGAAUCUGAACCAGAACAAACCAGGAGACUUAGGAGUAAAGCUGCUCUCUACCCUACUGGAGGAUCCACACUGUAAACUGGAGAAACUACAGCUGUGGGACUGCGGAAUUGAAGAGGAAAGCUGUGUUGCUCUGAUUUCAGCUCUGAGAUCAAACCCUUCACACCUGAGAGAACUGAAUCUGAAUAAUAAUAAGCCUGGUGACUCAGGAGUGAAGCUGCUCUCUGAUCUACUGCAGGACCCACACUGUAAACCAGAGAAACUACAGCUGUGGGACUGCAGUAUUAGAGAGGGAGGCUGCGCUGCUCUGAUUUCAGCACUGAGAUUAAACCCCUCACACCUAAGAGAACUGGAUCUGAGUCGUAAUAAACCAGGAGACUCAGGAGUGAAUCUGCUCUCUGAUCUACUGAAGAAUCCACACUGUAAACUGGAGAAACUAAAGCUGUGGGACUGCAGUAUAGGAGAGGAAGGCUGUGCUGCACUGAUUUCAGCUUUGAGAUCAAACCCCUCACACCUGAGAGAACUGAAUCUUAACUUUAAUAAACCAGGAGAUUUAGGAGUGAAGCUACUAUCUGCUCUGCUGGAGGAUCCAUGCUGUAAACUGGAGAAACUACAGCUGUGGCACUGCAGAAUUGGAGAGGCAAGCUGUGCUGCUCUGACUUCAGCUCUGAGAUCAAACCCCUCACACCUGAGAGAACUGAAUCUGAGCAAUAAUAAACCUGGAAGCUCAGGAGAGAAGCUGCUGUUUGCUCUACUGGAAGAUCCACACUGUAAACUGGAGAAAGUAUAUAUUUGACAGUGGAAAUUGCACAAGCUCCAAACAAGUGAAUCAAAACAGCAUAUCCUGAACAAGAUUGUCACCUGGAUAUGACGAUACUGAUCCAGCAGUUUCAUAUAAAAUAGAACAGUAUUAACAUAUCCUAAACACUAGGUACGUGGUGUAUAUAGAAUGUACAUAAUAAUGUUUUGUAAUUAAUUAAUUUGUUUUUUAAUGUUGUUUAACACUGUUGCCUAAGCACUUUUCCACAAGUUGGUAUGAUUUCUCAGGGUCUACAUGAAAAAUCAAUAAUGUACUUUGGUUGAAAUUUCUCAGUGGUAGUGUAAAACAUCUUUUUACCUUUGUCAAAAACAGCUCUGUUCACUCCGUUUCAGUGCAUAUCUAGUGUGACCACCCGUCCCGCUUUGCGUUUUCACCCCUUGUGCCACACGUUGCAUACUAAGAAAAUGUCCUGCAUUUGGUCACAAAACGCAGGACUCGCGGUUGGUUUUUUAUUGUCAUAUUAAGAAAACGUACAUACAUUCUUUUGCUUUUUAAGAAAGCUUUUUAUUUAUUCCGUACUUUGCUCGCAAAGGAUGCACGCACCUCAUCAAGUGAUCUAGCACCACAGACAGAAAUGGUCGAGCGCAUUGAAAAACACAAUAUUUUCCAUUUAUUUUAACCAAUUAAAAAAACAAUGCAGCAGUAGUAACGUAUCUGUCUCACACGUUUACUGCAUUGUCCCACAAAAUCACAUCUACUAUCGCACAACAGAUCUAUGGCCGGGUGGUCGCCCUAUGCAUGUCCCUUUAAAUGAUAAUGAGCUACUGCUCACCCCACCCCUCUUUUCCAUUUUUGUCACCAUUCUUAUUCAUUCAGUUACAACUGCUCAAAAAUGAUUCAAAUUUCUUAUUAGUCAUUAACAAACACCUUUAUAAACCCUCUACAAAGGAAACCUUAAUGUAUUGUAGUGGACACGACAAAGCGAUCAUCACAGAUCAUUUGAAAUAUGUGUCAGUACAACAUAAAUAGGAUGAGGAAACAGUUUACUGCCAGGGAUUUGUUAUGUCACAGCACAUCCAGUGUAGACAGCAUUACUAAUUAUAAUGAUACAGUGUUUUGUUGCGCCACUCGCAUCCAGUGUACAGUGUACUGAAGCUGUAAAUGCUUCAGCAAUUCAUUAUGUCAUUUCUAAUGCCAAUAAAACUGAACAGAAUUACUGGCCCGAGUCCGACUGGAGCCUCUGUCUUUUUUCUCUCUCUCUAUUGCAGCCAUUAAAUAGUUCAGUUUUGUUUUUAAUGGAAAAGUGAUUACACUUCAUUUUGUUUCUUCAUUAAGUUAGUUAAGAAAC